GCAAAAGCGAUAUUCACCUAGUUGGCAAGCAAUGCUUAUAUGAGGUAAUGCCUGAUUAAAUCCUUUUCAAGGGCUCUAGGAGGAAAACUCAUCAAAGGAAGCUCUCUUUUGCUGAGUCCGAUUCAGUAGGUGAGACUAGAGAGUGAUAUUCUGAUCCAAUUCAGCAGACAGAAAAAAAUAAAAUAAAAAUAAAAGAGAAGAAAAAAAAGAAAUGAAAGAAGAAAAAGAAGAAAGGAAGUGUUGAUAAAGGAAGGAAACAACCCUUUAUGAUCCCCUUUAUAGGAAUUUGCUCAAAGCCCCAUUUGUCCGCUUUGAGUUUGUGGAUUCCAUACUGUUUACACCCUACUCUUCAUCUUUUCCUUUCUAUCUUUUUUUUCUUUUGAUGAAUUUUAAUCUGUUCUUUACCUACAUAAAGUGCAACAAGACAAUUUCUUUUCAUUCCCAUCUUCCAUUUUAUGCAAUUGGCUAUUCUAGUCAAGUCUGCUUCAUCCUUUGCAUAUCACACCUACAAUUAUUUUCGGGUGACCUAAAACCUCUAUUUUUCUCCCCUAACAUUUGAAUCACUCUAAUCUCUCAUAUCCACAAACUUUUCAGUCUCUCUAGAUUCCAUUUCAACUGAAGUUACUACUAUUAUUCUGAUGAUUUUCAUGGAUCUAACUACCUACUAAGGCCGUACCACGACUUCUGAGAGAGUAUUAGCAAACUUUGCUGAGAAAAACGAAAAUGGCGACAGAGAAAAAACUCUCCUCAAAAGGGCAAGCAUGGUUCUGCACAACGGGAUUGCCGAGUGAUAUUGUUGUUGAAGUUGAUGACAUGAACUUCCAUCUUCACAAGCAAAAAGUAGGAAGCUCCACCAACUCAUAACGGAGCAAGAAGCCAAACAUUCCUCCGCCGCAAGACCCGAAGAAGCGCAAUCAGAGGACGAAGAAGAAGAUCAAAUCUUAGAACAACACUUUCAGUUAACGUUUACAGAGUUCCCCGGCGGUUCCGAGGCCUUUGAAUUGGCUGCGAAGUUCUGCUACGGUGUCAAAAUCGACUUGUCCCCUUCCAACGUGGCUUCUCUUCGCUGCGCCGGAGAGUUUCUAGAGAUGACGGAGGAGUACUCCGAAGACAACCUCAUCUCCAAGACAGAAAGGUUCCUCUCUAGCUCCGUUCUCAACAGCAUCAAGGACUCCAUUACAACGUUGAAAUCCUGCGAGCGUUUAAUGCCUAUGGCAGAGGAAUUAGGCAUCCCGAUCAGGUGUAUUGAUUCCAUCGUCUCCAGAGCCUCUUCGGCUGAUCCGGCAUUGUUCGGCUGGCCGGUGAACGAUGCCGGAGCCGACAGCAUAGCCGCGGCUAGUGGCUCUGCGUCAAAGCAGGCCAUGUGGAAUGGAAUUGAAACUGCAGCAAGAAGAAGAAGAAAUGGCGUGAUUAGAGGAGGAGGAGUCACCGGUGGUGGUGGUGGCGGCAGCGGCAGUGGUGGAUAUUCAUGGUUUGAGGAGAUCUCGCUUCUAGGUAUGCCUCUCUUCAAGCAAUUGAUUCUCGCAAUGAAGGAGGCUGAGAUGAAUUCAGAGAUAACGGAGAGCUGCCUCAUGCAUUACGCAAAGAAACACAUUCCCGGCGUUUCAAGGUCUAUCCGGAAACCAUUGCCAUCAUCUUCGUCUUCCUCUUCGUCGUUAGCUACCGAAGCAGAACAGAAAGAUCUGCUAGAGACUAUAGUCUCAAACCUUCCGCUCGAGAAGAGUUCUAAGCCUUCAACCGCCACGAGGUUCCUUUUCGGUCUCUUACGAACCGCCAACAUUCUUAAUGCUUCGGAAGAUUGCAGAGACGUAUUGGAAAAGAAGAUAGGAUCACAGCUCGAAGAAGCCACGCUCGACGACCUUCUCAUUCCCAGCUACUCCUACCUCAACGAAACGCUAUACGACGUGGAUUGCGUAGAGAGGAUUCUAGGGCACUUCUUGGACGGUAUCGAACACCGAAGCGCUUCGGAAAUCGAUGGAGGCGACAGCGUUCCUAGAUCGCCGGCGCUCAUGCUCGUAGGAAAACUCAUUGACGGCUAUCUUUCCGAGAUCGCUUCCGAUUCGAAUCUCAAGGCCUCAAAAUUCUACAACCUUGCAAUCUCGCUUCCCGAUGAAGCGAGACUCUUCGACGACGGUCUCUACCGUGCCGUUGACGUCUAUCUAAAGGCGCAUCCGUGGGUUUCGGAACAGGAGAGAGAGAAGAUUUGCGGAGUGCUGGACUGUCGGAAGCUGACUCUAGAGGCAUGCACGCACGCCGCGCAGAACGAGAGGCUUCCGCUGCGAGCGGUGGUUCAGGUUCUCUUCUUCGAGCAGCUCCAGCUGCGGCAAGCAAUCGCUGGCACUCUGAUGGCGACGGCGGAGCCAGGGAGGCCCUCGGUGGCGGCGGCCGCAUUGGUGGAGAGAGGUAGUUUUGGUGGGGUGGAAGAAGCAGGUGAGGGAAAUCGUGUGGGGAGUGACACGUGGCGCGUGGCUGUGAGGGACAAUCAGGUGCUGCGCUUGGACAUGGAUAGCAUGCGGACGCGAGUGCAUCAGCUGGAGCGCGAGUGUUCCUCCAUGAGAAAGACGAUCGAGAAGAUGGGCCAGGCCGGUCUACAGGACGAUGGGGCCUGGUGGGACCCGUUUGCCCUGGGAAGGAAAUUUGGUUGUAAAUUCAAGACCCAUGUUUGUGACUCGCAUGGGCCGACGGCUAUUGACAAGCGCACGGGUAGGCCCAACCAGCUGCAGCCCCACCGUCCUCGUCGUGAAUAAGCAGCAGGUUAGUACACUCCCACGCGGUACGUGGAAUCAUGAUUGGAGUAGUUACUAGUUAGGAAAUUGGUCCCACUCAUGUUGAUGUGUAAUUAAACGUUUGUCAAAUAGUCGCUGGCGAUAUUAAUGGAUGAAUAUAUAUGAUCUGGAAGUGUUGUUUCCCUUGUAGUUUUCUCCCACGUAAUUUGUACCAUGCAUAAUGAAAAAAUUAUAGUAUAAUGAAAACAAAAGGAUGAUAGUUUUGUAGAA